AUGCGUAGUUGAACGUUCGCCUUCCGUAUUGAAGCUGUGGGGGAGAGUUGCUAGUCAGAAACGGUUUUAAGAUUUUUAUACCUGGAAGGAGGUAAUUCCUGAUGCUAACAUGGCCGACGAAGAAGAAGACCAGCCUUUUGAAGAAGAUACUGAAGACACUGGAGGAGGGUCAGAUGGUGGACAGGGAAAAAGGAAACGGUUGUUCUCCAAAGAAUUGAGGUGUAUGAUGUAUGGAUUUGGAGAUGAUCAGAAUCCUUACACAGAGUCUGUGGAUAUUCUUGAAGAUCUAGUCAUAGAAUUCAUCACAGAAAUGACCCACAAAGCAAUGUCAAUUGGACGACAAGGUCGAGUACAGGUUGAAGAUAUUGUCUUCUUGAUUCGUAAAGACCCACGAAAAUUUGCUCGUGUGAAGGACUUGUUAACAAUGAAUGAAGAAUUAAAACGGGCUCGAAAAGCAUUCGAUGAAGCAAACUAUGGCUCUUGAGGCAUUUUUUGAGCUCAUCUCAUUUUUUGAUUCACUCUUUGAGUCAUCUCAUUUUUGAGUCUUCUUUUCUAUAAAAGGAAGCUCUGGGAAAAAACAAUUCAGAACACUGCUGCACGUUGAAAUAGAUUUAAUUGUGGACUGUUUUCAGAGAUUCUUUGUAUUGUGCUGUUUGCCUUUAAAACGAUUCAUUCUUGGUCAUUUUUCCCUAUUAUAGCUUGAUUUUUUUUAGACUGCAACCAUUUGAGUGUCAUAAUUCUAGGUUUAUAUUCUUAUUUAGCUCACAAUUUUUUUCAGAUAUUGCUAAAGAUUUCUAAGGGCCAUAUAGCUUUUAUCUUUUACCUGUCACAUUAAACUCUGUUUAAAAAAAAAAACAUGCUUGUAAAUUUCAAUACUUUUAAAUCGGAGGUGUCAAACUGGCGGCCCACAGGCCGGCUGCAUCAUGCCCACCCCGGCUCCACAAAGGCACAAAAAGUUAUAUGUCACAUGACGCGAUCAACUUGACACCCGUGCUUUAAAUCUUUCUUUACUCCAUGCUUCAUUCACAGAAGAGUACAAAUAUUAGCAAGCAGGAAUAGUUUAGUUUGGUUGAGCUAAUCUAUCAGAAGGAAAUUGAACAAAUGGAACUAAAUCACUAGCACAGAAAUAAUUAUUUAAUCCAUCAAAAGCAUUAAUCAUAAUUUUAAAAUGAGGUUCCUUCUACAAUGGUAAGAAAUAUUUUGGGUGCUCUGUAUCAGUCAUUUUGCAUUAACAUGAAACAAUAUAAAUGUGUGCAGUAUGUUGGUGAUAGUUGCUGGACCAUCAAGGCCGAGUCAUCUAUAUGGAUAGCAACUUAACAUAAGAAAAUGCAAGAAACUGGACUUCUGGUAAAGACAUAUGGCAAAUUAAACAUCUCUGAGAGAGUAGAGAGUACAGCAACUAUGGUGGCCAGACAGUAAAUUCCAGUAGUCUUUCCAAAAAAAGUUUUGAUUGUGGGCACCCAGUUGCAUCCUGGACAGCUGCUCCUUGUGAGUAGAUUUUAGGAACUGAGAUUUUUGUGAUAAGCUUGAGUUGAGCAGCUGUGAGUUAGCUAAGUCCACAGCUAUAAUGCAGUUCAUAUGGACAAAAAGUUUGCACAGGCCUAAUUUCUAAAUGCUUUUGAAUUUAAUUUGCAGCUAAAGUGAUUUGUGAGUGAUAGGAAGAGAAUUCCAUUUGUUGCGUCAAUUUUUUUGGAUUAAAAUGAAAAUCAAAGAUUUUAAAACUUUUGGCAAAAAAA